AUGCCAAGCAAGCUCAAGAAGGCCAUUGCUGCCGUGAAAGACCAAACAAGCAUCAGCCUCGCCAAGGUCUCGAGCAAGGACUCCUCCAGCCUCGAGGUAGCCGUGCUGAAGGCCACGAGCCACGAUGAUGUCCCCGUCGACGAGAAAUACGUCUACGAGGUCCUCCGGCUCGUGUCCUGCAGCAAGAUCCAUGCGGAGGCCUGCGCUCGGGCCAUCGGAAAGCGCAUUGGCCGCACGCGCAACUGGAUCGUCGCCCUGAAGUCCCUGAUGCUCGUCCUCAGGAUCUUCCAGGACGGCGACCCCUACUUCCCGCGCGAGGUCCUCCACGCGAUGAAGCGUGGGGCCAAGAUCCUCAACCUCUCGAGCUUCCGCGACGAGUCCAACUCGAGCCCGUGGGACUUCACCUCCUUCGUCCGUGCCUUCGCCCUCUACCUCGACGAGCGCCUCGAGUGCUACCUCACCGGGAACCUCCAGCGCCGCAAGGCGCUGGAGGAGUCCGAAGGGGCUUCCUCUGUCUUCCAACGGAGCCGGAGCAAGAUCAUCACCGCCACCGAGCCCAUCCAGGACAUGAAGCCAACGAUGCUCCUCGACAAGUUGUCGUACUGGCAACGCCUUCUCGAUCGGGCCAUCGUCUUGCGGCCGACCGGGUCCGCGAAAACGAACCGGCUCGUCCACAUUGCGAUCUACGCCGUGCUCAAGGAAAGCUUCGAUCUUUACAGAGAUAUAUCUGAAGGGCUUUCCCUCAUUCUUGAUAGCUUCUUCCAUAUGCAAUACCAAAAUUGUGUCUUUGCAUUUCAAACUUGCAUCAAAGCUGUGAAGCAAUCUGAUGAAGUCUCUGCUUUCUUCAGCCUCUGCAAAAGCUCGGGCAUCGGAAGAAACUCCGAAUAUCCGACCGUGCAAACGAUAUCCGAGGAAUUGAUCGAAUCUCUUCAAGAAUUCUUGAAAGAUCAAUCAUCCUUAGUCGGCAAGCCGGCAGCGACGAGCCAGAUCCCUGCCCCGGCGCCAGCGGCAGUGAAACAGGAAGCUGCACUGGCGCCGGUGCGGACGAGGUCCGUCGUGCCAGAGAGCUAUGGCGCGACGGACGGCGUCUCCGACGAGGGGUCCGAGGACUGGUCCCAGUCCCCGGGCGCCCCCUCGUUGGAGGAGCUGAUCCAGGCGGCCGGGACGUUGAAGAGCCGCGGCAUUUCCAUCGAUCUCGAGGCUUAUUCGACGUUCAAGCCCGAGGACGCGUUCGGGUUGAGCGACACCGGGUCCAGCCGAUCGCUGCCGGUAGCGGAUAGCGCCGACCUGAUGUCGCUCGACGAUUGGUCGGUGGAGGAGGACAACGACGAAGACGACGAUCUGGAACCCCGGCGGAGGGAGAAUUUGGGGACGUUGCUAUCGAAAAAUUGGGAAACUGUGCUGGCUGAAACAAUGCCGAAGAGAUCUACGCCAAUGCCUCGCAUAGACAUUAACGCAAACACCUUCUCUGCGUUCCCGGAAACCCUGAAUGUCGACGACGGAGGCGAGCAGGAGCUCUUCCUGUUUGAGGUGGCGGAGGCGGCGCCGGUUGAUCAGAAUUUUAAUCCUUUUGUAGAGGAUUCGACGAAAAUAACUACCGCUAAGAAGCUGCGAUUCUCGGCAUCUGAUUCACCUCACACCGUAAAAACAGAUAAUUGCUCGAUCGCGUAG